AUGGGAUUGAGCACAGCAGUUUGUAUUGUGUUGUUUGGACAAUUUGUGACCUCGAUUUUCCUACUACAUGUAUAUGAGUGUAAAAGGCUUGAUGGUUAUAAGUUCCCGGUAUACUCAACAUCAUCUUGUCCCGGAAAUGAAUCAGAGUGGAACAAGAGAUCGGCAGCUCUCAAAUGUAACAGGACUAAUGGCUACACAUGUCUACCGAACGAAAAAUUCACGGAGAUCUUAGAGUUCUGUUACACGGCACCUUGGAUAUGGAUUCAGGAAGGUGUUUGUUUAUAUCUGCAAAAAAAAGGUUCAUAUGUUGAUUCAUACAGCUGUAGUCACUUUAAGGAUGGAUGCCACAAUUCCUCUUAUCAAAGCAGAAGAAUAUUUGAAUACCCAGCUUGUAUAUCUAUUGGUAAUGGUUGUUUCCUGGCAGAACAUUCUUGUGAAAGUUCUACAGACAAUACUCACCGUCCUGAAACAACUGAAACAACUGAAAAAAGCAAGGAAGACUGGCUCUUGGCCAUGAUUGUAACAGAGAUCCUUGUUUCCUUCUUAUUUUCUUGUAUGCUGUGCAUCUUCAUUUCUAAAAAAAGAGUUUGCAAACGAAGUACAGAUACAGAGGGUAUGACUGGAUUAGAAGAAAGUAAAUCUCUUAUUGCAAACCCCGAGAAUGAGACGAAUGAUCCUUCUAACGAAUGCAAUGAAUCACGAAGUGAAAAGGCCGUAUUUGACCAAUGGGAGGAGGACGAUUCUUACUUUGUUUCAACAAAGGCGUGUGAAGAAGUAGAAAAUAGGAUUAAAAGCAAGAACCUGGUUGUUGUGGUUGGUCACUCAGGGUCCGGAAAGUCUGCUAUUAUUCAACAUAUUGCGCUCAAAUACAAAAAACAGGGCUGGACCGUAAGACGAGUAGAACAAGUUGAAGAUAUUGUGGAUGAAUAUAAUUCAAGUCGAUUUCAAAAGGAUAAAACCAUUUGUGUGUUUAAUGAUCCAUUCGGAAAAGAAUCUUUUAAUGAAAUGUUGAAUAAUUCAUGGCAAACAAAAUCAGAAGAAUUAAAGUCAUAUUUAAAAACAGCAAAACUUAUGAUGUCGUGUAGAAGUCACAUUAAUUUGGAUGCUAGAUUGACCCGUUAUCUCGUUAACCAAUCAUUUAUCGUGGACAUCAAUGAUAACAAAAAUAAACUAUCCGUUAAUGAAAAACGGAAGAUUCUGACCAAAUAUACAUGCGAUAUGAAUUUACGUGGCAAAGAUUGUGAUAUGAUUGUGAAAGUAGAAAAGUAUUUCCCUUUAUUGUGUAAAUUAUAUUCUAGCAAAGAAGAAUACCAAAAAAAGGGUAUACUUUUUUUUACAAAACCCGUAACAUUUCUAGAAAAGGAAAUAUUAGAUUUCAGAAUAAAAGACACGCAUAAAUAUUGUGCUUUGGCUCUCCUUGUUCUUUUUGACGAUAAUCUCUGCGUGAGUGAACUUUUAAAACACAAAAACACGGAAAAUAAAUUCAAACACACUUUAAACCUUUGUGGAUUAUCCCAGAACACACCACCGUCAGCUAUUGGGGAUAGUCUUAAAUCCCUUGAAGGUUUUUUUGUAAAAAGAAUUGGCGACACAUAUCAUUUUUAUCAUGAUUUUGUGAUGGAAGUUAUUACCUAUGUAUUUGGGAAUGAUAAUCCCAUAGAAACAGUAAAUUACGCUGAUAUCGGCUUCCUGAGAAGGAGAAUAAGACUAGAAAAAACUGAAAAACACUCUGAACCGUUCAUGAUCUAUUUAAGUGACAGAUACAUAAAAGAACUUGGAGAAAGGCUUUAUACGGAGCUGUUUGGAGACCGCCUUCUAGAUGUUGUACUCAAUCCAUGUCUAAGGAAUGAAAAAGUAAUUGAAGUACUGCAAAAAAAGAUAGAGAGUUCCGAAAAUCUACAUAUGCUACUAGAGGCAAAGACGCUUGCAAUUGAUAAACAGGAGCUUAACGAUCAUACAUAUAAAAAUUUAGUUUUGUCUAAACUUUCCCUUUUUUCUUUAGAAAAUGAAGUAUCGCCUCUUUUUGCUCUCAUUGCAUUUUGUCAUACACAACUAGUACAAUGCUGUGUGAAUACUCUGCAACAAAACAAAAUCGAUUUUGUCAACUGUUUUUUAGUUUUUGCGUUAUACAUCAAUGGAUCAUUACAAUUGUUUAAUAAUUUUUUUGAAGAACAUGUAAAGGAAUCUUUAAAUAAGACAUGGAGAGGUUUAUACCCUAUUCACAUUGUAUCAAUGUUCCAUAAUUAUGAACUACUAAAAGAGCUGAUUAAGAGAGGUGCAAAUGUUAAUACAAAAAAUGACUUAAAAGGUGUUUUGACGCCCCUAAUGUUAGCAGCUGGUAAUGAUACCAAAGAGUACGGAGACUUUUACCAGUAUGAUAGAAAAUCAUGUGCAACACAAAGGGAUGAAACUGUACAGCUUUUACUGAGGAAUGGGGCAGACAUUAAUUUAUGUAUGGACCAUGGAGACAGUCCUCUCCUUUUAGCUUGUUGUUACGGAUAUAAUAGCACUGUACAACUUUUAUUGAGUAAUGGAGCCGACAUUAAUUUACGUGAAGGAAACGGAGCCGAUUCCCUUAUUGAAGCUUGUUUUGGCGGACAUGAUAGCACGAUACAAAAUUUACUGAGUUAUGGAGCAUGCGUUAAUUCACAAAUGGACGACGGAGCCAGUCCUCUCUUUAUAGCUUGUAAAAACGGGCAUGAUAGCACAGUACAACUUCUAAUAAGCAAUAAAGCAGAUAUUAAUCUAUGCAAUAUAUACGGAUUAACUCCUCUAUGUAUAGCUUGUGAAAAAGGACAUGAUAGUACUGUACAACUUUUACUAAAUAAUGGAGCAGACAUUAAUAUAUGUUCGAACGACGGAGUCAGUCCUCUCUAUAUAGCUUGUCAUUACGGAAAUAAUAGCACAGUACAACUUUUACAGAGUAAUGGAGCAGACAUUGAUUCAUGUAUGGAGAACGGAGCCAGUCCUCUUUCUACAGCUUGUCAAUACGGUCAUAAUAGCACGGUUCAACUUUUACUGAAAAAUGGAGCAUGCAUUAAUCUAUGUAUAAAAGACAGAGUUAGUCCUCUAUUUGUUGCUUUUGAAUGCAGACGUUACGAAACUGUUAAUAUUUUACUAAACCAUGGCGUAGACACUAGUUUGGCUUGUAGAUGGGAAGAUAAACAAGACGGCACAAUGGUGUUUUUACUACAAAAAAAGAACAUUUCAAAUAAUAUGUAUGAUCUGGAUUCGUAUUUUUCUCUUUUUGUAUCAUGUCAGGUAGAAAGAGUGACAAGAAUAUUGUUUGAAGAAGGAGUCCAAAUGGGUAUAGAACCAUGUAACGAUUAUAUUUUGUGAAUCGACAAAUUAAAUACGUAUAGAGGGAAU